AAACAUGGAACCAUGUCGAACAUGGUGUUCUUAGAAGAGGCCCUCAAACCAGGAUCAACUAUUCCUUGUUACAUCCAACCAUCGGCCGCCUUAGGAGCUCCUUUGUUACGGCGUGAUGUCGCCGACUCUAUCCCUAUGUCCACGAGGAACUUCAUCAAAAUUCUGACAAUGUUUGCACCAGCGUCCAACGACAUGGCUACCAAAAUAUGGUCGACGCUGGAUAAUUGCGAGCACCCGCGUGCUAUCAAGGGUGAGACGAAGGCAUGUGUCAGCUCUGUGGAGUCAAUGGUGGAGUUUGCUGCAUCCGUGCUCGGGGUUAGUACCUAUAACCUCGCAGCCUUCUCCUCACCGCACGUGCCCGUGGAUGGCGUCAUGACAGGGAGGGGGUACAAAGUGGCGGCUGUAACGAGGGUCAGAGAGGCGGGGAACACCAUGACUUGCCAUCGCGGGAGAUUCCCGUUCGCUAUGUUCAUGUGCCACGCGGUGAAUCCCACCAGAGUGUACUCGGUGACGCUCGAGGGGGAGGACGUUGAUGCUGACGGUGCGGGGCAGAGGAUGGAGGUGCUUGCCGUGUGCCACCUGGACACGUCAGACUUCCACCCAGCUAAGAUGCCGUUGCACGUCAAGCCUGGAGAUGCUCCACUCUGCCACUUCAUCUCCAGGGACAGCAUUCUCUGGGCGCCUGCUACGCCCGCUUCUGCUCACGCUGCUGCUUAGCUACAUGUGUAGCUGCAUAAAUAAGAACAGUGUGUACCUAUGUAAGGCGUAUGCAUGCAUGUCCAGAGCAGUCAUCCAUGCCU